AAUAUAUUCGUAAACGCCACUGAUUAUUGUGGACCUUACGAUGUCCUUGGAAAACUGAGCGGCUAUAUUUGUUCCAAACGGUAAGCCCUUUUGGACGUCACUGGCAAAUCCCGUUUUCCUCGUGAUUCCUAUCGUCAAAUCCUCGUCUUUUUUCCUCCAAAAGGGGCAUGGGAGAAACCGGACCGAAUCCCGAUCAGAAUCCGAAAUUGACAGAGAUGCCUGCAGGGAGAGUGGUGUGGAAGAUUGAGGAGGAGGAUGGGGAGGAGGAUGAGGAGCGGGCAGAGGAGAAUGAGAAAGAGUACGAACUGGAGGACGUGAGGGACCGGAUCAAAUCGUCGCGUGGAAGCCGCUUCAAUCUGAUCUCCAACGAGUUAGGGCUCGAGUCCACUCGCCGGAAGUUUAGCCGCGAGAGUCUCCUCUUUGGCCUCCGAGACCUCUCUCAAGGCCUCGUCAUCCAUCCCGAUAACCGGUUGUAUCGGGCAUGGGUGAACUUCAUAUUGUUAUGGGCAGUGUACUCGUCCUUCUUCACUCCCAUGGAGUUUGGUUUCUUCCGGGGAUUGCCUGAGAACCUUUUCAUACUGGACAUUGUUGGGCAGAUAGCUUUCCUUCUCGACAUUGUCUUGCAGUUCUUUGUGGCAUUCAGAGACAGCCAGACCUACCGAAUGGUCUAUAAGCGCACCCCCAUUGCGCUCAGGUACUUGAAAUCUAGUUUCGUCAUUGAUCUUCUUGCUUGUAUGCCUUGGGAUAUUAUCUUCAAGGCGAGUGGAAAAAAAGAGGAAGUGAGGUACCUUUUAUGGAUCAGGUUAUUUCGGGUCCGCAAAGUCACAGAAUUUUUUCAGAAGAUGGAGAAGGAUAUACGUAUAAAUUACAUGUUUACCAGGAUUAUAAAGCUUCUUGCUGUUGAACUCUAUUGCACACAUACAGCAGCCUGCAUCUUUUACUAUUUGGCUACCACUCUGCCUAAAGAAGAAGAGGGUUACACGUGGAUUGGAAGUUUAAAGCUGGGUGACUAUAGUUAUUCACAUUUCAGAGAGAUUGACAUUUGGAAGCGCUACACAACGUCUUUAUAUUUUGCAAUUGUUACCAUGGCCACUGUUGGUUACGGAGAUAUUCAUGCAGUCAAUAUUAGGGAAAUGAUAUUCAUCAUGAUAUAUGUCUCUUUUGACAUGGUUAUUGGUGCUUAUUUGAUUGGUAACAUGACAGCAUUGAUUGUAAAAGGAUCAAAGACAGAAAAAUUCAGGGACAAAAUGACGGAUCUCAUCAAAUACAUGAACAGAAAUAGACUUGGGAAGGACAUCCGUAAUCAAAUUAAAGGCCACGUGCGCUUACAGUAUGAGAGUAGCUACACUGAGGCUGCUGUUCUACAGGACAUCCCCAUAUCUAUACGGGCUAGGAUCUCCCAAACUUUAUACUUGCCGUACAUUGAAAAGGUUUCCCUCUUUAGGGGAUGCUCUUCCGAAUUCAUCAAUCAGAUUGUUAUUAGACUCCAUGAGGAGUUUUUUCUCCCAGGUGAAGUGAUAAUGGAACAGGGAAAUGUGGUAGAUCAACUGUAUUUUGUCUGUCAUGGUGUGCUGGAGGAGGUAGGCACAGGGGAAGAUGGAUCAGAAGAGACUGUUUCACUUCUACAACCUAACAGCUCGUGUGGAGAAAUUUCUAUUCUUUGCAACAUUCCUCAGCCGUAUAGAGUUCGUGUUUGUGAACUAUGCAGGCUUCUGCGUCUUGAUAAACAAUCUUUUACAAAUGUAUUAGAUAUAUACUUUUACGAUGGUCGAAAAAUCUUGAACAACCUUCUAGAGGGAAAAGAGUCCAAUCGAGUUAAGCAAUUGGAGUCAGAUAUCACCUUUCAUAUUGGAAAACAAGAAGCUGAGCUUGCUUUGAAGGUGAACAGUGCUGCUUAUCAUGGAGAUCUGCAUCAGCUAAAAGGUCUGAUACGAACCGGAGCUGAUCCGAACAAGACAGAUUAUGAUGGAAGGUCACCCUUGCAUCUUGCAGCAUCAAGAGGACAUGAAGAUAUCGCACUUUUUCUUAUUAAGGAAGGAAUAGACAUCAAUAUUAGUGAUAAUUUUGGGAAUACACCUUUACUUGAAGCCAUCAAGAAUGGGCAUGAUCGAAUUUCUUCUUUACUUUUUAAAGAAGGGGCCUCCUUGAAGAUUGACUCUCCCGGUAAUUUUCUCUGUACGGCUGUUGCAAAGGGGGAUUCAGACUUUCUUAAAAGGAUUUUAUCCAAUGGUAUUGAUCCAAACUCCAGAGACUAUGAUCAUCGAACCCCCCUUCAUGUAGCUGCCUCUGAAGGAUUAUAUUUGAUGGCACGGUUGCUUGUAGAAGCGGGGGCUAGUGUUUUCUCAAAGGACAGAUGGGGAAACACCCCAAUGGAUGAAGGCCGAAAGUGUGGAAAUAAGAAUUUGAUCAAGCUAUUGGAAGAUGCAAAGUCAGCUCAGUUAACAGAAUUCCCCUAUUCUGCCCAGGAAACCACAGAUAAAAUGCUCUUAAAAAAGUGCACUGUUUUCCCCUUCCACCCGUGGGAUCCUAAAGAAAAAAGAAGACACGGAAUUGUGUUGUGGAUCCCACGUACAAUUGAAGAGCUUAUCAAAACAGCAGCAGAGCAGCUAGAAAUUUCAAGUUGUACCUGUAUAUUAUCAGAAGAUGGAGGGAAAAUUCUUGAUGUGGACAUGAUUAAUGAUAGCCAGAAGCUGUAUUUAGUCACCGAAACACAUUAACAUUUAAGCAAUAUAAUUUUGUAGUAGUCUUUGUAUCAUCUUGUGUGCAAUCUUGUCGUAUAUGUAGUCAG